AUGAGUACAAACUUUUCUCAAGGUUUUCUGGUAAGAAUGAAAGGAGAGCUAAAAUUGCUCAAGAAUCAACCUCCUCACGGAAUUGCAGCCUAUCCAAAGAAUGAAGAUCGUAUCGAUAUUUUGGAAGCAAAAAUACAAGGAACACAAGGUACACCCUAUGAAGGUGGUGAAUUUGUUUUGGAAAUUACACUUCCGAAUAAUUAUCCUCAUCAUCCUCCAAAUGUUAGAUUUAUUACAAAGAUUUAUCAUCCUAAUUUUGAUAGUGGAGGCAGAAUUUGUUUGGAUCUAUUGAACAUGCCACCAAAAGGAGCAUGGAAGCCUAGUAUUAAUAUUUCAACAUUGUUGGCUUCUAUUAAAUUAUUAAUGGAUGAACCGAAUGGAGAUGAUGGAUUAAUGGCAGACAUUACAGAACAAUUUAGAAAUAAUAGACAAUUAUUUGAGAAGAUUGCAAAGGAAUGGACGAAAAAGUAUGCAAUUACAAGUUUUGUGACAACAGAUUCAUCGGAACAAACAAAGGAAGAAGAAAAUAAUGCAAAACCACCAGUUGAAUCAAAUGAUAAAUCAUCGGAAAAGGAGAAGAAAGUAAGAAAGAUUAAUGACAGUAGCAGUAGUGAUGAUGAUGAUAGCAGUAGUAGCAGUGAAGAUGAGGAAGAAGGACUAUUCCACAAGAAAAUGAAAAAGAGAAAGCUUUAAUUUAGAAUAAUGAAUUAUUAGAUUGGCUCUUUGUACUUGACUUGGCUCUGCUUGAGCUUGGUGGAGCACCCAAGAAUCCCAUAUCAAAACCACCAUCUCCUCCACCUGACUUUGAUCCAGCGGAACCUGUUGCUUCAGUGGUUCUUCCUUUUGUCUUAACUUUAAUGUUAACUUUGAUCUUUUCACCUUCUCCUAAACUAUAGUCCUUUUGUUCUUCUUCAACUGGAUUUUCAUCUUGAUCUUUCACAUUCUUAACCAAUCUAUUAAAUUGUAAAUAAAUUGUAAAAUUUAAAUA